GCGUCUCUGUUGGAAAAGGAAACGCUGCUCGAAAAACUGGGGGACUCCUGGGACUGGACGGAGGAGAACGUUACGAACCUGAAGCCCAUCCUCUUCCAUCUGCCCAUCGCCAUGCUCGUCAACCUCAACGACACGCACGCCAUUGACAGGAUGUACGCAGAAGUAGAGUUGUGCAUGAACAACACGGGCAACAAGUCAGCCUCGUGCCCGAGUCAGGCCGAGUCUAGGGGCGAGGGGACAACACCGCGCGCCCAGUACAUGCUGUCGCUGCGGGCGUGGCUCAUCGAGAAGACCUACGGCGACCCCAGCAACUGGGACCGCGACACCUUCGCUAAGAUGACCAACCUCAGCAUCCUGCCCGACGCUGUCUUCCUGCGCCUACAGCCUGACGUCCUCUUGACCCGCAAGGAUGGGAUCUUAUCUAUGCUGCGUGGCAAUGCACUGAAGCUGAAGUCGCUGGGGCGCUACGUCGUGGAGAAGGUCUUUGAUGCCGAGAACGUGAGUCGCAGCAACGCCAGACAGCCGCUCGUCUCGCAACAGGAAAUAGAGAGGAUCAAGGCCGUGAUCAAUCCGCUGCGCACUGCAGGCCUCAUGCAGUUUGUAUACGCCACCGACCUGCCCAAUGAGGUGCUAGACGCCGACAACAGACGCAUCCGCAACGAAACAGACACCAUGACCAGCGCAGCACUUCAGGAUGGUGUCAUAGAUGCCGAGGUGUGUCCUUAA